UUCCCCACUCCCCAUCCUCCAGCCUUUCCUUGUCUCUUCUACCCAGUACCUCCUUUCUUCUCUCCAUGUGCCCACAUUUCCAGGAUCUGGGGAAGUGUGUUCCAGAGGAAAUGAGGAGUGAAGAGAUCCUACUCCCUCCCCGGCCCUACCCUCUCCCACUUUGCCCCUCCCUCAGAUGCCUGAAGCUGCCUUCACCAUGGACAGUAUAAGCACAGCCAUGCUGCUCCUGUUUCUGGUUUUCACCUGUCUGUUCCUGACCCUCAGCUCAAGGGGCAAGGGGCAGCUGACGCCAGGCCCCAGGCCCCUCCUAUUCCUGUGAAACUUGCUGCAGCUUCACUGGCAUGGCAUGCUGACCUCUCUCACCAAGCUGAGCAGGGAGUAUGGCUCUGUGUAUGCAGUGCACCUGGGGCCCAGGCCAGUGGUGGUCCUCAGCGGGUACCAAGCCAUGAAGGAGGCCCUUGUGGACCAGGCAAAGGAGUUUGGUGGCCAUGGCAGCUACUGCACCUUUUUCAACUUUGUUAAGAGCAAUGGUAUCACGUACUCCAAUGGGGAACAGUGGAAGGUCCUCAGGAAGUUCUGUAUCCAGAUUCUGUGGAACUCCAGGAUGGGGAAGAGGAGCUUUGAAGAGCAGACCGUGGAGGAAGGCAACUUCCUGCUGGUGGAGCUGUGGAAAACUGGAGGUCAGGGUCCCAGACCCUUUGACCCCACAUUUGCACCCAACCGCUCAGUGUGCAACAUUAUCAGCUCCGUGGUCUUCAGCAGCCACUUCAACUACAACGUCGAGCGUCUGCUCACCAUUAUCCACCUCCUCCAUGACACCUCUCAAAUCCCGAGCAGCCCCUGGGGGGAGUGGUAUAUCUCUCUGAGUCUCCUGGACUGGGUGCCCGCGCACCGAGGCCUUUUUCAGAACUUCAGGCGCAUGAAGGACCCCAUUGUCCGCAGCGUCCGCGACCACCAGGCCUCUCCGGACACCAGCUCUCCCCGAGACUUCAUCGAUUGCUUGGAACAAGAUGGAACAGGUAAGCUCUGCCUGAAAAUGCAGGAUCCGCUGAGCCACUGCCCCACGGAUACCCUUCUGAUGACCACACGUAACCUUCUCUCUGGUGGCACCGGGACCGUGAGCACCAUGCUGCGCCACGCACUCCUCGCGUUACUGAAAGCCCGCUGGUACCCUCGAUUACAUGCCCGUCUCCCUCGCCAGCCCGCGUCCUGGAGGAGAUCGGUCAGACGCCAGCGGCUGCCGGCUCUGGAAGACCGAAGGGCCACGCCUUACACAGAUGCUGUGAUCCCCGAAGUGCAACUCUUCACAGACGUCAUCCCGAUAAACUUGCUGCGCCACAUCACGCAGGACGCGACCUUUCGAGGCUGCCUGCUACCUGAAGGCACCAAAGCCAUCACCCUCCUCCACACAGUCCACUACAACCCUAGCCAGUUCCUGACACCCCAGGAAUUCAACCCUGAGCAUUUUCUGGAUGCCCAUCAGUCUUUCAAAAAAAGCCCUGCCUGCAUGCCCUUCUCAGCCUGAUGCCAGCAGUGCCUGAGCGAGUCCUUGGUGCGCAUGGAACCCUUCCUCUACUUCAUCACCAUCCUGCAAAACUUCUCGCUGCAGCCGCUGGGGGCGCCAGAGAACAUCGACCUCACCCCGCUUACCUCUGGCCUGUGCAAUUUGCCACGGCUGUGCCUAAACAGAAAGACCAAGUCACUUCCAGAAGGAAAAUUUGGUGAUGACCACAGGUGCAGAGGGAAGCUGGACACCACAGUGGGUCAGGCAUGCCUCCCAGGCCUGGAGGACCACCAGCGCCUGCCCUACACCAACACAGUGCUGCAGAAGACCCAGCGCUUCAUCAGAGGACCCUAUCCAAGAAUCCAUACUGCUUCAACACCCCCGGCCAACUUUCUGAAGGGCCAGUUCCUAGGGUACAUGGGGUUCUCCCCCCGAAUCUGUAUCCCCAAGAAAGUGGAUGUGCUUGGGUACAGGCCUGGCCUGACUGGAGAUCGUCCUCUUUGUCACUAUCCCGCAAUGUUCUUCCUGCUUCUUGUAGGGAGCCCCACCAACAUAGACCUCACCCCGCAGUGCACCGGCCUGGGCAAUGUCCCCUUAGCUUUCCAGCUCUACCUGGUGACCCGUUGA